CUCUCAUACUGUACGCAUAUGCAAUCCGACAUUCCGCUGGAGGCGCACUACCGGAGGCGGUUUUGAACACGCAGCUUCUAGAAACCUGCAGGCUGCCGCUUGCCCUUGCACCGUAUUCGCAGAAGCCAGCAGGACGCCUUUGCUGAACAGCUUGCGAGCUUUAUGAGACCGCGUCGACCAUAGGAAUCAGCGGUGCACGUCCAGUAUGCCCUCGUUUUCGAUGCUGAGGAGGUCUCCCCAUGGCCGCCGCAGAGGCGAGCAAAAGCACGACAACAACGAGGGCGCGAGCAAACCGAAUGACGCACUCCGCGGCGAGGACAGCCAACACAAUGCAGGCCCUCCUGUCAACGGACCCGGAGACGCGAGUGACGGUGAAAUUAAGGGACGACGAGGCCUCAACCGAGAACUGUUGCAGAAUAUACGGAACCGCAUUGUGGGAAAGCCACCAUCGACCCCUCAGCGGGGAAGCACGCAACCCCAGCAGACAGUGACGGUAAGAGCCACUCCUCCGCCUCAGCUGUACAUACAUACCUUCCCAUCUAUGCACAACCCAGACAUUCGGGCGCCGCCCUGCCUUAAGAGUUGUACCUACCUCCACUUCCCACGCACGACCAAUUUACCUUCCCCAGUUAGAUCUACCCCUCAUGCCGCCCUUCUGCAGCGGGAAUUCCCCUACCUGCUUUACCACAGUACCUUAGGUUGCAACCGCAGUCGCACCUGCGCAUAGGAGGAUGUAACGGCUCCAGUCAAAUUCCCUUAUUGCAGGCUUCGGUCUGGGGAAGUGCAGGUUAAGGUGCCGGUUGUUCACUAGGGGGCGCCUCAAUUACGUCUGGGGAUCCCGUGUCGUCACCUUGCGAGCAAGACCGCGUGACCUCCCCCAUUUGUUCCUGCGC